AUUUGUAACGAAGCAAAAGAAGCUUCUAUUUUGGGAAAGUCAAGAAGAGUUGUUCGAGGCAUAUGCCUCGAACAAUCCUCCGCCUACAGUUCCCUUAUUCACUUGGAAUACUUUCAAGUUCCAUAGCCCAACAAAGCUCUUCACAUUCAGAUUCAUCUACCCAUAAACCCCUCUUGCAAUGAGAAUCUAUCCCUCUCUAUUUCAAUCACAACUCUCCCAUUCAAUCACGUUACACCAUCAGCAAUCCGCAUUCAUAGCCGAUGGGCUCCGAGAAUUCCGCCCCCAAUCCUCAGAUUUCCGCCGUCAUAUUCGAUUUGGACGGCACCCUUUUGAACACAGAGGAUGUUACGAAGAAUGUAUUGAAGAAUUUCCUGGCGAAAUACGGGAAGGUGCAGGACAAUGAGAAGGAGAAGAAGAGAUUGGGCAUGACUUUCAAGGAAUCAUGUCUUACAAUUGUGAGUGACUAUGAUCUUCCACUAACCACGGAGGAAUAUGUCAAGGAAAUCUUGCCAAUGUACCAGGGAACGUGGCUACUGGCCAAACCACUUCCCGGUGCCAACCGUCUCAUGAGACAUCUCCACGAGCACGGGGUACCAUUUGCACUCGCCUCAAAUUCUUUGAGGAAGAAUAUCGAUGGGAAAAUAUCUCACCAUGAUGGUUGGAAAGAUAACUUCAAAGUAAUUCUCGGAAGUGACGAGGUGAAAUCAGGGAAGCCUGCUCCAGACUUAUUUCUGGAAGCUGCAAAGAGAAUGGAAGUGGAUCCUUCAUGCUGUCUUGUGAUCGAAGACUCCAUUGUCGGUGUCAAAGCAGGAAAGGCUGCUAAAAUGAAGGUCGUAGCCGUGCCAUCACUCGAAAAUGAAUCUGAUUCAUAUUCCAUUGCUGAUUCAAUACUGCACUCACUCCUAGAGUUUCAGCCAGAACAUUGGGGUCUUCCCCAGUUUGAUGAUUGGGUUGGUAAUGCUUUGCCUACUGAACCUAUUCUUCUGACGGGUGUCCUUCGCAAUGGGCUUUUCCAGGCAUACUCAGAUAACGCAUUGUCUGACCUUCCGAGUCAAAUAUGGGGACUGUACAUUGGCUGGGCCAAAUUGGAUGGGCAGGUCUUGAAGGCUGUAAUCAGCAUCGGCUGGAAGCUUGGUUGCUGUGGUCCUGAGAGAACAAUUCAACCAUGUCUGCUCGAUGGAAAUCACGUUGAACAUCAUGAUAACAAGAUGCAGUUGCUGCUCGUGGGCUACCUACGGAGAACAUGCAGUCUGGUAAAAAAGAAACUUACUUGUCAAUGUCUUCGAAUUCAGAACCAGAAAUUCUAUGAUUCAUUUGAAAUAAUGUGGUGUUAUAAUCUUGGUCAAUUGUCAGUGUCACACUCCCAUAAUAAAUUUCUGCUGCCUUGCUUCAUAUAUGCAUUUUGAAUAUACUUUUUCUCAGCAUGGUUCUAUAUUAUGCUCAAUGGCUGUCUGAAUUCCAGUAUAUAAUUAUAUAUGUGUCUUUUCUUUGUCAAUGCAUUCACAAAUUUCAUUGAAAAGCUUAAUCUUUAUGCCAAUAUUUUCAUUAUUUUUCUCUCAUUUGUUAUGUGUGGUAAAUGAUGCAGGGGAAUAUGUUGAAUAGCCCAGAGAUAGUUGAUGAAGACAAAGUGACAGCUGAUGCUGCUUUAAAUUUGCCUGCAUUUUCCCAUCAAAUAUUUGAAUCUUGAAGAAAGAUGAUACACAAACUACAAGCUUUAGUUAUUGUGUCAAGAAUCACACUCUGUUUUUUGGUGGAUUUUGUCUAUUUUCUUUAACUUCCUACCUGUAGAACAUGUUUUUUGUUUGAAAUAAAAUGGAUCAAAUCAUUUGGAA